UGUUACCGCCUCAGCAAGAGAGAUAGAAACAAGAAGACAGAAGAGAAAGAAGUAGACCAGAGAAACAAUCUGUGUGGACGAACACCUACACAGGGAUCCACAGAUAUCAAUCCAGCCAGUCGUGAUGCAUGUGUUGCCAGUACUACUGCCCCUGCUGCUGUGUGUGGCAGUGGGGUUGAGCCAGGUGAGGGCGGAGGUGAGCGUUGUGAAGCUGUGUGGCAGAGAGUUUCUCAGGGCCGUCGUCUACACCUGUGGAGGCUCCCGCUGGAGACGGAUUCUCAACGAACCGGAGCAACUAGAGGGUUUGGCAAAUGGGGAGCAGCAGCAGAGCAGCCUGGAGGACCUGAAGGCCAGUCUGGGGUCAGAGUUCAGCAGACGGGACCUGAACAAGAUGCUGACCACCGUGUGCUGCCAAGUGGGCUGCAGGAAGAGCGACCUCACAUAUCUCUGUUGAGACCCGGUGGUCUUUGUGGUUAACCUUUCACCCCCUCCCAAACAGACUUGCUUUCCUCCUCUCCAAAUCUGUCUUGCCUUCUUCUGAAAAACUGAAAUAGGGUGCAUUUGUUUUAUCUCACCCUGUGCGCCGGUGUCACUUUACGACAUUGUAGUGGUCUAAAAUGUGCAAACUCCGCUCACACGGUGAGGUAAAACAAAUGCAUCCAUAGAAAAAAAAAAAAGAAUGUUAUGUAUUAUAUUAUAUCCUCAACCGUUUCGGCCAAUCACAAUACUUGCACAGAACAAUCAAAAAUAGAUGUUUGAAAUCAGAGCUUAAAGAUAGAGCUUUUUACCUAGCUGUUGUUAUCAUAGAUUUAGUACAUAGUAGUGGUUGAGGGGACUUUUACUUGUCGUGUUGAUGUGUUUGGAUUACAAAGAGGGAGCAGGGAACUGUUUUCCUGUCAUAGUUUGUAUCUCAUGAAGUUUAUGCACAGGAUAGAAACCAGCCUCUGUUAUAUGUGUCGAUGAUGAGAGAGUUAAGAAUGAAGCUGAAUAAAGGGACUUUCAUGUAACUUUUUGAAAAGACUAGUUCUGAUCGUACCAUAUAUUUUGCUAGCCCUAGUCUAAUAAAUGUUGCUUGACAUGCA